AUGGAGGGGCGGGGUGCCAAGUGGGUGUUGGGGAAUCCGUAUUUCUUUUGCGAUAACCGGAGGGAGGAGUCUGAGUGGCGGAAGGCGGCGCGGCGGAUUGCGGAGGGGUUGGUGAAGGCGGGGAGGUUGGAGAGGGCGGAUGUGAGGGAGUUUGGGAGAGGGGAUUAUGUGCAGUUGUUUGGGGAAGUGACGGAGAAGGUGCUGGGGCAUAAUUCGAGGAGUCGGACGAGGAGGUUGAGGGAGUUGGGGUGGGAGGCGAGGGAGAAGGGGAUUUGGGAGAGUUGGGAGGAGGAUGAGUUGCCGGCGCUGUUGCGGGAGUGGAAUGCACAGCAGGAUGAGAAGAAAAGCGCUUAUGGGAAGUUGGCUGCCUGA